AUGAAGUAUCUUCAUUGGUUUAUGCGCCUCUUGAUCAUAGCUUUUAUCGGUUCGAGAUCAGUCGAAGCUCAAAAUCAAGCAGGAUUCAUUAGCUUGGAUUGUGGGUUGGUUCCUAAGAACACAACUUAUGUGGAGAAGACGACGAAUAUAACAUACAAAUCAGACGCGGAUUACAUCGAUAGUGAAUCGGUCGGGAAGAUCAAUGAUGCAUAG